AUGGUGGGCUGCUAUGAUGCCAUCUGCCUCCGGAAGAUGAAGCCAGGAUGGGCCCUGAGGACCCCAGGCCAGUGUUGGAAACUGCUGCUGGAGCCUGAUGAGGUGAGGGUGGUGAGACUCCAAGAUGCACCCCAGAAGCAGGACCUGCACCGGUGGAGGCUGAGCAUUCUGGAAUCCUCUCCUCCAGGGCAGAAUGAAGAGCUGGUCCCUGCGGACUCAGCCCUGCUCAAGAGGGGAUUCACCAUCCUCUCUUAUUCACCCUGGACCAAGAGGGAGGCAGAGGAGGGGGACUCGGCCUCUAGGCCACAGUCCUCCACCCAAGGAUGGGAUCCUGGCACCAUGUCAUGUCAUGAAAUCGUGAUUGUCAUUGAGUCUGUUUUAAUUCUGCUUCUGUUUUACCAGCAGCCGUGCGGGUCUCCCUUUUCCUGGGCCUUGGUUCCUGGUCUGAGCUUAGUGGUGUCUCUGAGUCGUGGCUGUUCCAGCACCAAAGUUUGGAAAUACAGGAAGGAAAAAACUCCAGGAACUCACUGUGGAUCAUUCUUCGAUUCCCAAGGAGGAGCUGUGCCGGUCAAUGAUCCAUCCACAGGACUGGCGUUCAGGAGGCUUGGAGACAGGGCACAUCUCCUGAGCUUCCUGGUGGCACAGCUCAGACAGAAGGUGCUGCGGGAACCCCUGGACAUGGACACCAUCCAGCGAGAGCUUCCCCACGAGCUGGACCAGGUGCACCUGGAGGUUUUGCAGCUGUGGAAGCAGGUGACUGAGAUUGAGAAGCAUCUCAGGUCAGCCCGGAAGGAAGGCAGGGGUGCUUCAGGCAGGCAGCAACCGCACACCUCAGACCCCGAGGCUGUCAGGGGAGAGGGCCCGGCACGUGGAGGACCCACAGGGACCGAGGACGAGGAGGCACAGCCCUCUCAGGCCCUGUCUGUGCCCCGACUCCAGAGGAAGCUCAAGGAGGCAGCCAGGAAAAUCCUGCGGCUGCGCCUGGAGAAGGAGCAGCUCCUGGAGCUGGGGAACCGGCUGCGUGCAGAGCUGGGCCACCUCACUGGGAAGCUGCCUCAUCACCCCCUUCCUACUCCUGAGGCCCAGGGCUCAGGUGAGGCACCUGAUGUAUGCUUGGGACCGUUGCAACCCCGUCUCACAACUCAGGACUCUAAGAAUGCCAAGAAAGAAUGUUUCUCCGAACGCUCAGGAAAGAGCCAAGCCCGCUUGGCACAGACAGUCUGCAGGAGGGAUGCUGAGCCAGGCUGCACAGCGGGGCCGGGGCUGAGGCAACACAGAAUCUCCACAGUGACUUGCAGAUCAGCUCCUCAGAAAGAAAACCAGUCCCCAAAGCCACGCCUGGCUCAAGAAUUCCAGGAGGAAAAUGGCCACCACACCCAAAGGUCCUCAUCACUUGCCAGCAGUUCCCUCCAGGACACAUGGAAGUUACUGGACCUGGGAUCCAGCCCUUCUGGCCUCACCUCCCAGGACGACUCGCCUCCAGAGCACCCAGCACCUCCAGCAGCCUACAGCCUCCAACACCCCGAGGGGAGCCCCGUGGCGCCAUGGGCAGCCUUUGCCGUUGAAGGGAUGAAGAUGGAAGCCCAAGCAAGGGGCAAGCCUGCCAGACCCCCCAGGGCUCAUCCUGCAAAACCUAAAGGCUGCCAGCGGCCCCCCAAGAUUCGUAACUACAACUCCAAGGACUGACCUCCUCGAACCGCCCCUCCCCCCUCCUCCUCCCCACCCCUCCCCCUCACCUCA